ACCUGUCGUGACUCCCAAACGCGAAACCCUAAUCCAAUCUCGUUUCCCACGUCUACAGAUGGGGCUCUUCUCGUGGUGGAGGGGAGGGCGACGCGGCGGCGGCGGCUCGACGGAGCCGCGGGACCAGCAGCCCGCGGCGGCUGAGGGGGCCGAGGCGGUAGCGGCGCACGGGGCGGUGGAGGUGCGGCGGCGGCGGCAGGCGCUGGACGCGACGGUCUUCGAGUUCGGGUCCGCGGCGGAGUCCGGUGCUGCCGUGACGCUCGCGGGCUACUGUCCCGUCUCCGACGAGCUCGAGCCGUGCCGCUGGGAACUGGUGCCGGCCGCCGGCGAGGGCGCGCCGCAGUUCCGCAUCGUGUUCUGAACGGGAGGAGGAGAGAGCACCCAUGCCGGCCUUACCUGAUUUUAUAGCUGCAUCUUCCUGCAAUGCCUCACAGAAUGCAGAAGGGAGCAGCAGGAAAUUGAUUUUUCAGGGACAUUGCCAAUACAAGAAGCAUCGCCUGUUGUCACCAUGCCUUAGGAUCCCUGCA